UGCGGCUUAGCGGAAAUCGCUCUAAUCACAACACGACGAACAACGAACAAAAAAAAUUGUCGAAAUAAAAAGACUCAACGAAGAAAAAAAAACUUCCCGACAAAAACGCACCGAAGGGAAAGGUAUCGCGUGAAAAGUGGAGAAUAGCAACAUUGUCUCCGGCAAAACGGUAUCAAAAAUUUUGCGGUAAAAUCUCCAAGUGGCAAAACUUACAACCGAAAAAUAACGACCGGUCGGUUGAAUUAUUCACAACUUUUGACAUUAUCACCUCGGAUUAUAUAUAUGUGAGUUGGAAGAAGUGCGACAUGAGUCGAUUCAGAGAACCACCUGCCGGCUGCAUUUUAUAUUUCAUGCUGUCGAUCGCGAUUAACCUGUUCAUUGUAAUGCUGCGAAUUUCGGCACUCGAAUUGCAAAACAAUAGCACUUUGGCGACAACAGCAGCGACGUACAUUCUGCCAACUCUCGAUGCGACUGGCGUCAUGAGCUCCAUAACAACGGCUGAAGUUUCAACUGAAACUGCCAUUACAUCUGCAACAAACGCUUAUAAUAAAAACACAACGGAUGCGGAUUUACAACAAUUUACUACAAGUUAUCAGCAUCAAAUGAGCAAAAAUUUAACACCCGUUGAAUAUGCACCACUCGUAGCAUCACUUGUAUCGAAUGAACAGCCCGACGACGAUGCAAACGAAUUACAAGGAAAUGAGGCCACGGCUCAUGGCCUGAGCAACGUAGUGACAGUGGCAACCGUAAUUUCAGUAUCGAAUGAAACCCAAGCGAUGGUUGGCAUCGUCGCAACGGCUAACAUUCAAACAGCAAAUUUAUUGCAACGAAAUGCAACCGUCUCACGGGAUCAAUUGAACUCACGUACUGUAAUUAAAUCGUCAUCACCAUCUGCAAUGGCAAACAAUAAUUUGACGGUACAAAAACAACAGAAACCAGAUGCGCCCAUGUUGAAUUACAUUUUUGAUUCACAUUUAACAAACAAACAUCGUCACUAUGAUCCAAGAUAUGGUCCACACUUUGAUGACGUACACGUUGCCGAAAAAGUUGCAAAUGUUUCAGCACAGGUCGGAAGCGUUGCUUAUCUCAAUUGCCGGAUUCGUUUGCUACAGGAUAAAACCGUAACCUGGUUGAAACGUGAACAGAAUAAUUCCCACAUUCAACUGCUGACAAUCGGUGUGCACACCUACACGUUCGAUAAGAGGUUUAGCGUUGAAUUUGAAUACCCAAACAAUUGGCGACUCCGAAUUACCGACAUCAACAAAACCGAUGGAGGGCUUUAUGAGUGUCAAAUAUCAACACAUCCUGUGCGAGCAUUCCGUACACAAUUGCACGUCAAAUCACCGGAAGUGUACAUUGUUGACGAGUUCAAACAACCUAUUGUUGACAAAUACUAUCAAGUUGAUUCGACCAUUGAACUGAUGUGCAUUGUACGGCAUGUAUCGAUGCUUUCAUCCACAGUGAAUUGGCUGCACGGCAACAAAUUACUAAAUUUUGACAUGACACGCGGUGGUAUUAGUGUCAAGACGGAUUUAAUGGAAAAUGGUGCUAAUUCAACGUUAUUCAUUGCCAAAGUGAGAAAAACGGAUACCGGCAACUAUACGUGCUCAAUUGGACCGAACGAUUUUCACACAAUAAAUGUUCAAGUGUUGAAUGGUGAAAGUCUCGCCGAAUUGUAUCACGUGAGUGCGGUUCCAUCACAAUUUGAACUCACACCACACAAUUGGAUUACAAUGUUCAUUUCCACAAUAAUAGUUUUAAGUCGUUACAUUCAAACCUUCGAGGGUAAUAAUAUCGUUUACAAAGUCAGUUUAGAAUAUCUGAAAAAGUGUUCGUCGUAACAAUUUAAGCCAACUUUGAUCCGCUACACUUGGAAUUAGUUAAUUGAAUUUUGUUACUUUUAAUAGUUUAGGUUGUGUUAAGAUAAAUAAAAAGAAA